AUGGCUGUAACUCGGAAAGAUGCUUGGUCUACGAAGUGCGUAGAUGGUAAGCUUGAUAAAUGGGCAUCUGUGGUUGGGUGUGAUGUCAGUUCCCUUCAAACCAAUUAUCUGGGUCUCCCUUUGGGGGGGAAUCAGAGGGCUGUGUCCUUAUGGGAUCUUGUUUGUGAGAAGAUUUGUAAAAGGUUAGCCCCUUGGAAGAAAGGUUCCUUUUCUAAGGGUGGCAGAUUAACUUUGAUUAGAUCUGUGCUUAGUGGGAUUCCUGUUUACUACUUCUCCUUAUUCAAAACCCCUAACUCUGUUUGCAAAAUCAUCAAGAAGCUUAUGAGAGAUUUUCUUUGGAAAGGAAUGGAUUGGGGGAGGGGAUCUCGUUUGGUUAGCUGGCAAGUUGUUGAGUUCCCUGUGAAUCAAGGAGGGCUGGAAAUUGGUAACUUAAGGUCCCUUUGUCGGAAGGAUAUCAUACUUGAGAUUCCUUCUUUCUCUACUUGGGUUAGGUGCUGGGUGGCAGAUGAUAAGAAAACGUUCUUUUGGGAAGAUCAAUGGGUUGGGGCUUGUAAAGAAGGUUAUGAUUACUGGGUUGUCCUGUUGGAUUCUUUGCCUGAAGACGGAGGAAGACCUAGAUCACAUGCUUUGAAAGCGCAAGAGGGAAAGGCCGGUUUUUAUGGCUUGGAGGGAUGUGCGAUGUGGUCUGGGAUACUUGAGGUGAAAGGAACAAGAGAGUUUUUAGAGGUUUACAAAAGCACCCUUCUAAGAUUUGGUCCUUGGUGA